AUGGAGGAAUCGUUAUACGAUGAAUUUGGGAAUUACAUUGGACCAGAGCUUCAUACUAGUGAUGAUGAUGAUGAUGAUAAUGAUAAUGAUGAUGCAUCAUCAUCAUCAUCAUCAUUCUCUACUACUUCAGAAACUAAUGAAAAUAAAAGUACAUUCAAUCAUGAUGAAACUAAAGUGAACGAUAGCAAACACCAAGUCGGUAGCUUAUUGUUACUUCAGACAACAGACGAUCAAGAUACGAUUAUCCUGCAUGAAGAUAAACAGUAUUAUCCCACUGCAAAGGAAGUGUAUCAAGAUGCUGAGACGUUAAUUAUGGAAGAAGAUGCACAACCAAUUGAAACCCCAAUUAUUGAACCCCUGAAAGUCAAGAGUUUUUCCAUUUUAGAACCAAAAGUGCCUCAAACGACCUAUUCCAGUGCGUUUCUAACGAGUUUAAUGGAUCAUCCACAACUUGUUCGUCAUCUUGCAAUUCUUGGUGACUUACAUCAUGGAAAAACAGUCUUUCUCGAUUUAUUCAUACAGGAAACACAUGUGGCAAAAUGGGAUCCAGCAAUGGAAAAACGAUUUACAGAUUCAAGAAAAGAUGAACAGGAACGAAAAGUGACCAUCAAGAGCAAUCCGGUAUCGCUAGUUUUGCCAACGUCAAGAGGAAAACAUUAUUUGCUUAAUGUAUUGGAUUGUCCAGGUCAUGUCAAUUUCUCGGACGAAACAACAGCCGCGUUGCAAGUUGCAGAUGGAGCGGUGGUGGUAGUAGACGCGAUCGAAGGCGUGAUGAUGAAUACGGAGAGAUUGGUAAAAGCUGCAUUACGAGCAAAUGUGACGAUUGUUUUAGUGGUGAACAAGGUGGAUCGAUUGAUUAUUGAGCUCAAAUUACCACCAGCUGAUGCGUACUUUAAAUUGCUACACACGAUUGAAGAAAUUAAUGCGAUUAUUGACGUAAACACACCGGCUGGUCAGGUAAAACAACGGCUGUCACCGGAACUAUGCAACGUGUGCUUUGCGUCGGGUCAACACGGAUGGAGCUUCACGUUGGAAUCGUUUGCCCAAAUUUACGCCGAGACGUAUCCCGGUGUUCCUUCGUCGACGUUGGCGGCGCGGUUCUGGGGAGACAUGUACUUUAACCCUCAGACAAGGACAUUCACGAAGAAAUUGCCAUACCCUGGUGCAUUGAGGUCGUUCAUCCAGUUUGUCCUGGAGCCGCUUUACAAAAUGUACUCGAAAGUACUUAAUGGUGACCCGAAAGAGCUAUCUGCGUCGCUACGGGUGAUGGGCUUACGUUUGAGGAAGGAGGAGCUAAACCUAAAUCCGCGGCCGUUGCUAAAACUUGUGCUUGGCAAAUUUUUUGGCAAUGUAACUACGGGUUUCGUGGAUAUGAUCGUACGUCACGUCCCUUCGCCGCUUGCGACGGCAAAGACUAAACUCAAAAACAUUUACACUGGAAACCAGUCUUCUGAAAUGAGUAUUGUGCGAGGCAUCGAGUCGUGCGACCCAAAGGCGCCUUUGAUGGUCAACAUUGUGAAGCUGUACUCGUCUCCUGACGGCGCCACGUUUAGUGCGUUUGGUCGCAUAUACUCGGGUGAAGUUUGCGAGAACAAGGAUGUUAAGGUUUUGGGAGAAGCGUAUAGUGCUGAAGACGACGAGGACAUGUGCACACGGACUAUUGAAGGCGUGUUCAUUGCUCAAGGGCGUUACAAGAUUCAGGUUGACCGCAUUCCAGCAGGCAACUGGGUCUUGCUUGAAGGCGUGGAUGCUUCGAUUACAAAAAGUGCGACAAUUACAGAUGCUGAUGAGGAUCUCCUGCAGGAUGAAGAAGUCGGCAUUUUCCAACCCAUUCACCUAUCCUAUGGCACUACAGCUGUGAUGAAACUUGCUGUUGAGCCGUUGAACCCGGCUGAACUGCCGAAGAUGCUUGAGGGACUACGAAAAAUAAGCAAAAGUUAUCCUCUUGUUCGCACAAAGGUGGAAGAAAGUGGUGAGCACGUGAUUCUCUGCACAGGUGAGCUGGCCGCCGACUGCAUUCUUCACGAUCUGCGGCGCAUGUACUCGGAGGUUGAAAUCAAGGUUGCCGAUCCCGUUGUUGCUUUUUGCGAGACUGUUGCGGAGACCUCUUCUGUUCAGUGCUUUGCCGAGACUUUGAAUCGGAAAAACAAGAUCACCAUGAUCUCCGAGCCAUUGGACGCAGGUCUUUCUCAAGACAUUGAGCUGGGUGCCAUCAAGCUGGACAUGAGUAAGGCAGACAUUGCUAGCUUCUUCCAGAGCAAAUAUAAAUGGGAUGCUCUUGCUGCUCGUUCGGUAUGGGCUUUUGGUCCCGAGAGCAACGGACCCAACGUUUUGCUCGACGAUACGCUUCCUACAGAGGUGAACAAGUCAUCGUUGAAUCUGAUUAAGGAUAGUAUCGUGCAGGGAUUCCAGUGGAGUUGUCGUGAGGGCCCACUAUGUGACGAGCCGAUCCGCAACACCAAAUUCAAGAUCCUGGACGCCACUAUCGCAUCGGAACCAAUUCACCGCGGUGGUGGUCAGCUAAUUCCUACUUCCCGUCGCGUGGCCUACUCGGCCUUCCUCACUGCCACGCCGCGCAUGUUGGAGCCCAUGUAUGCGCUUGAAAUUCAGUGUCCUGCCGACACGGUGUCGUCUCUAUAUCAGGUCCUGAGUCGUCGACGUGGCCACAUUACACACGAUGCUCCUAAGGCUGGCUCUCCACUAUACACAGUGCGUGGCUUUGUUCCAGUGAUCGAGUCAUUCGGACUGGAGACAGACCUGCGCGUGUUCACACAGGGCCAGGCAUUUAUCACCCAAGUGUUUGAUCACUGGGCGGUCGUUCCGGGUGAUCCACUGGAUACCAAUGUCGUGCUGCGUCCAUUGGAACCUGCUCCAGUAAACGAUUUGGCUCGUGAGUUCAUGGUGAAGACUCGGCGUCGCAAGGGACUGAGCGAGGAUGUGAACGUUAGCAAGUACUUUGACGAACCCAUGCUACGCGAAUUGGCGAGGCACGAGACCGAGCUGCAGAACCUCAUCUAG